GUUCACCGGUUUGUUUUGACUUUGCAGGACACGAGAUGCGUUUUCGCUGGAUUUGAGAGUGUUAUAAAGCAGUUAUAGGUUUUAUUUAUAACUAAUGACGGGUUUAUGACACCGUGUCAGGAGGAGAGCUUUGGAUUGUUUUAGACUGCUCAAUCAUGCUCAUGUGUAGACGGUGGUUGGUGUGUUCGCGGAAGGGUCAGUAUAGGAGCUUGAGUUUCUCAGCCUCCCGCAGGAGUGUUAUGCCCGCAUGGGUCAUCGACAAAUACGGGAAAAACGAGGUGUUGAGAUUCACUAAAAACGCAGCGCUUCCGAUCAUCCACUAUCCCAAUGAAGUGAUCGUGAAGGUGCACGCUGCGAGUGUGAACCCCAUCGACAUCAGUAUGAGGGGUGGUUAUGGAGCAGCUACUAUGGCCAUGAAACGUGACCCACUGAACAUGAACCAGUCAGGCAGUGAGUUUCCUCUAAUCCUGGGGCGUGAUGUAUCCGGAGAGAUCAUGGAAUGUGGGCUAGAUGUGAACUACUUUAAACCAGGAGAUCAGGUGUGGGCCGCUAUCCCUCCAUGGAAGCAGGGCAGCCUGGCAGAGUUUGUAGUUCUCAGUGCCAAUGAGGUGUCACAUAAGCCCAAAUCACUGAGGCAUGUUGAAGCAGCAUCCAUCCCGUAUGUGGCAGCAACAGCCUGGUCUGUCAUCGUCAAUACUGGUGGUCUGAAUAAAGACAACGGUUCUAAGAAACGCGUUCUUAUACUGGGAGGAUCAGGAGGAGUGGGAACCUUAGCUAUACAGAUUGUAAAGGCCUGGGGUGCCCAUGUGACUGUAACAUGUUCCCAGAAUGCCGAGCGUCUGGUGAGAGAUCUGGGUGCUGAUGGUGUCGUGGACUACACUGCUGGACCAGUCGAAAAACAACUACAGACAUUACAAAAGUUUGAUUUGAUUUUAGACAAUAUUGGGGGUGAAACUGAGAAAUGGGCACUAGAUCUUCUGAAACCCUGGAAUGGAGCUAAAUACGUUACUCUAGUAACACCGUUCCUGCAUAACACAGACCGACUGGGCCUCGCAGACGGUAUGAUGCAGUCUGGAGUCACCAUAGGAUGCAAAGUGCUAAAGCACCUCAGGAAAGGAGUGCACUACCGCUGGGGUUUCUUUGCUCCAAGCGGCCCCACGCUGGAUGAGAUUAGCGAAAUGGUUGAUGCCGGAAAGGUCCGUCCUGUGGUGGAGGAAGUGUUCUCAUUUGCUCAAGUGCCCCAAGUCUUUCAGAAAGUAGAGCAGGGUCAUGCUCGUGGCAAAACUGUGGUUUCCGUCAUUGAGGACCAAAAAGAGUAACUACCUACAGUAUGACAACCAAAAACAUAUGCCAGGACUUUUUUGAAAUUGUCUGAUGAAUUAAAAAUAUUAACCUAA